AUGGUGCAGUGUGGAGAGCACAACCUGCUGGUCAGGGCCCAGCUGGAUUUGUUUGGAACCAGGCACCUGAUUAAAGCUGCUGACCUGACCCUGGGGACAGCAGGUUGUCAGCCAACCAGGGUCUACCCUGAGAACCAGACUGUCCUCUUUGACUAUGGGCUGCAUGAGUGUGAUGAUUGGCUUACAGAGCGCACUUCCACUCUCUACUACCUGGGAGACCUCAUUCACAUUGAGGCAUCUGUUUCAAUGGCCAACCAUGUGUCCCUGAAGCUGUACAUUGAUCGCUGUGUAGCUACACUGAGCCCAGACAAGGACUCCACCCUGAGAUACAGCAUCGUUGACUACAAUGGUUGCCUCCUGGACAGCAAAGCUGAGGACUCCUUUUCAACCUUUGUGUUGCCGAGAGACGGGCGGAAGCCAGACAAGCUCCAGUUUGACCUGGAUGCCUUCCGUUUCUAUGGAGAUGAGUGA